AUGUCCGAAGCCCCUUCCUCCUCCGUCGAGUCCUCCUCGCGUCUGCUGCGCGUCACGCUCGAGGGCGCCGUCAUGAGCGCCGUCUCCAACACCCUCGCCCAAGUCCUGAGGGCCUACCGCGGCGGCGGGCCGUUCAUCGACCCGGUCGCCCUCGUCCAUUUUAUCAUCAUCGCGGUCGUCACGACGCCGCCGAAUUACAAAUGGCAGCUGGCGCUCGAGAGGAAUUUUCCGACCAGCACCACCAGUAGCGACGACAAGGGCGUGGACGCCAGGAAGAAGAAGGACGAUGACGCGCCAGUGGCGAGCAAAAAGGAGACACUCUCCGUCACCAAUACGGUCGCCAAGUUCGUGCUGGACCAAACCAUCGGGGCGUCGUUGAACACCAUCUGGUUCAUCAUCAUGAUCAACCUCUUGCGGGGCGAGAGUGCGAGCCACAUACUGACCACCAUUCAAAAGGACUUUUUCCCCAUGCUCAUCGCAGGCUACAAGUUCUGGCCCAUCGUCACCCUCCUCAAUCUCGUCGUCGUGCCCGUAGAACACAGGAUGUUUGUGGGAGGGUUGGCAGGUCUGGCGUGGGGUGUUUAUGUUAGUCUCAUGAACUUCUGA